AUGUCUUGCACAUUUGCAGACAUAUCAAUCAAUCAAGAUGAUGUGAAUUACUCGUUCGCGCUGCUUUUGACUUGGACACUAUCUAUGCGGCCUGUUUCUCUGCACUGCCUGGCUCGCAAAUCAUAUUUCGAACAAAUAGGAGCGCAGUUGCAGCGGAGCAGGCAUAUGAAUCCGAAUGGAAUAGCAACGCAGUCGACAUCCAGCGCAGGUGCAGAGGUUGACAUCAGGCAGGCAACAGGCGAGGACCAGAAUCAGCGCGAAAUCGUGAGAUCUCCGUCGAACAGCAUCGCUAGAAAAUCUCAUAUGUGUCCCAUUCUCUACGGAAAUCUUGUGUUCCUGGUUCACCAAUAUUUUGGCCGUUUUCCGUCGAUACAGUACGCUGUAGUAUACGUUCUGUCAGGAGCACUUGGGACAGGAUAA